GCCCGUGCAAAGCCGACGCAUGCAAGUGGAAUCCUUUGAACAGAGCUCGAGUAUUUCACCGCCACCAGUUCACCGGAGCAUGAAAAGUAGCUGCUGCCACCGGCGAAGGCCAAUUUCGGUCUCUCAGUCUUCAACCCACCGCCUCCUGUCCAAGCGACUAGAACAUCACCAUGGAUAAACCAUUCUUCACGAUGGAGGAUGCCAAGGCGGCCUUCAACCUCUUCUGUUGCGUCUACGGCAUCGGUACCCUUGGUAUGCCGGGCAACUUCUCGCGUGCUGGCCCCGGUCUCGCUAUUGUCGCAAUGGCCUUCAUGGCCUUCGCCAACAUCUAUGGCUCCGUUGCCAUCUGCCGCGUUAUGCUGCUCGCGCCCACAUCAGUCAGGACUUAUGGAGACCUGGGCGAGUGGGUCAUGGGCAAGUGGGGUCGCUAUCUCACCGUCAUCGCCCAAAUGGGUAACUGCCUCAUCGUUCCUUGUGUGUUCUUGGUGCUUGGUGGUACGCUUCUCGAUGGUCUAUAUCCUGGAGCCUUCAGCACGACGACGUGGUCUAUUCUCAUGGCACUCUUGGUACUGCCCGUAUGUCUCGUGCCAACACUUAAGGAAGGAGCUGGUGCUGCAUUCGCCGGCUGCAUGGGAACGCUCGUAGCGGAUAUAAUCGGCAUCGCGGUCGUCAUGUACGGCAUGCGUGGACACCCGACUGCGCCUGCACCUGACCUCAACUUCAAGCAAGUCGCUGGAGCCUUCGGAAAUUUGGCUCUCGCCUACGGUGCAGGCAUCGUGAUUCCAGCUCUUCAGCGUCAACACAGCGAUCCUACUCGGAUGCCUCGCGUUGUGUUUGUCACGAUGGCUUUCACCACGUGCUGCUUCCUGGUGUUGGCCAGCACCGCAUACUCGUCGGUUGGGUGCCAGAUCUCUGGUAACCUGCUGUGGUCAAUUUACCCGGAUGCGGACAGUGGCCUCACCACGCUGGGCUUCGCCUCAGAUUGGGGUGCCGUUGUCCUGGCGUACAUGUUCAUGCAACUGCAUAUUACGAUCGCGUUCUCAGUAAUCCUGAAUCCGGCAUUCUACAUUACCGAGCGUCUCUUUCUGGGUAUGCACAAGCCGACAGAUGACGAUAUCGAAAACAACCUGCAGACGUACGCAGAGAUUGCCACGCCAAACAACGACACCGAGUUGGAAAAAUCUCGUCUGUCAAAACACUCCUUCGUUUCGAUCGCUGAUAACGAAAACGUCCACCUCGGACACCCCGAGGCCGAGGCAGCCGAGUACCGCGGCGCAAAUGCUAUCAAGUACGUCACUCUGCGAAUUGUGAUCGUCGCGAUUCUGGUAAUUGCUUCGGUGAUUCUGAAGGACCACUUUGCGGAUUUGUCCGACUUCGUCGGCGCCUCGUGCAUCACAAUGCACUCGAUCAUCUUGCCAAUCGUGUUUCUGAUGAAGAAGCAGUGGAGCGUGAUGCCGAUCUGGGAAAAGGUUAUGGCUGUGAUCGUCACGAUGGUGUGUUUUUGCCUUGGUUGCUACGUAACGUACACGUCGGGCGAAAAUCUUUUCUUCCCCAGCGACAGUGUGGAGUUUCCAUUUUGUGCACCGGAGUAUGAGAAUGCUGUGUACUACAAUUACACGGCGGCUCACGAAAGCUAGGCAAAUUGAGAAUAUAAGCUGUACCUUUUUACGAUUUGCUUUGACUACCUCCUGUCCUGAAAUCAUAAAAUAU